GGAAGAUAGAAAGGUCACGGAAGAAGUGCAUGCUGGGUAAACACGUGUAGAAGAAGACUAGAGCGGUAUCGGUGACGCGUCAAGUUUGCCACCAUGUCGUCUAAAAAGAAACAGGAUGGCGAUGAGCGCUUCCUCCGGGUGCAGAAAGACCCCAGAUUCUGGGAAAUGCCCGAUAAAGAGCGCAAAAUCAAGAUCGACAAGCGCUUCCAGUCCAUGUUUCACGACAAGCGAUUCAAGGUGAAGUACACGGUGGACAAACGAGGCCGCCCCAUCAACCAAACCUCCACAGAGGACCUGAAGCGCUUCUACAAAGUCUCUGACUCAGAGGACGAAGAGGAUGAGGAGAAUGUGAAGAGCAAGAAGGUGGCAGAGGGCAAGAAGAAGAAGAAAAAAGUGAAGGAGAGGCUGUUGAAGGCUGAUGAAGAGGCGAAGAGAGGAAAAGCAGCGCAGGGCAGAGAUGGACAGCAGCCUGAACGAGGUGUCAGAGUCAUUGAAGAAGAUGAUGAAGAUGAAGAGAAGCAACAACCUGCAGAGGAGGAUGAUCUUGACCUGGGAGACAGUGUCACAGACGGCAGUGAGGAGGAUGAUGAUGAUGAUGAAGACGAUGGUGAUGAUGCAGAAGAUGAGAGUGACAUGGCGAGUGGAUCAGAGGAGGAUGAUGAGUCCGGUCUGGAUUCAGAGGAGGACAGUGACAGCGGGCCAGAUCUGGCCAGAGGGAAGGGAAACAUCGAGACCAGCUCAGAUGAAGAUGACGAUGACGAUGUGGACGCCAUCCUGAGGCGAGAGGAAGAGGAGAUUGAACACGACUGGGGGGAGCUGGCCAAAGAUGCUCCACGUAGUGAAGAGGUUUCUGCCCGACUGGCCGUCUGCAACAUGGACUGGGACCGGAUUAAAGCCAGAGACCUGCUGGCUCUGUUCAAGUCCUUCGUACCUAAAGGAGGAGCUGUGCUGUCUGUCAAGAUCUACCCGUCAGAGUUUGGGAAGGAGAGGCUGAAGGCGGAGGAGACUCAGGGGCCGCUGGAGCUGAGAGCUCUGCCAGAUGACUCGGAGGACGACACAGAGGAGGACAAAAAUUACAGAGAGAAGUUGCGUGACUACCAGUUUAAGCGGCUGAAGUAUUUCUACGCUGUGGUGGAGUGUGACUCGGUCGACACCGCUGCCAAAAUCUACCAGGAGUGUGACGGCUACGAGUAUGAGAGCAGCUGCUCCAUCCUGGACCUCCGGUUUGUUCCAGAUGAAGUCAAGUUUGGCGAGGAGCCCAAAGACGUGGCCACAGAUGUGAACCUCUCAGCUUACACGCCCAAACUGUUCACCUCGUCUGCCAACGCUACAUCAAAGGUGCAGCUGACGUGGGAUGAGACAGACAACGACCGCGUGACCGCCCUGAACAGGAAGUUCAACAAGGACGAGCUGCUGGCCAUGGACUUCAACGCCUACCUGGCCUCCUCCAGCGAAGAAGAAGACGAGAAUGAAGGAGGAGGAUUUGAGUUUGGAGAGCAGGAGAGCAGAGACGAUGACGCAACAGCAGAUGCUAAACAGACAGAAGUAGUGGAGGUGAAGAAACCAGAGGAGGAGGAGGCGAAGAAGAAAAAGAAGAAGAAAAGCGAGGAGCAGAUCUCCAAGUACAGAGAGCUGCUGAAAGGCAUCCAGGACAAAGAGAAGAAGCUGCAGGAGGACAAAGGCAUGGAGAUGGAGAUCACCUGGGUGCCAGGGCUGAGGGAGACGACGGAGCAGCUGGUGAAGAAGAAGUUGGAGGGCAAAGACAACCUGACGCCCUGGGAGGAGUUCCUGCAGAAGAAGAAAGACAGAAAGAAGCAGAAGAAAUCUCAAAGAAAAGAGGGCGAGGAUGACGAAGACCUCAGUGAUGACGAGCUUCCUCCAGACGUGGAUCUCAAUGACCCCUUCUUCGCAGAGGAGCUCGCUGCUACAGACAUGAAGAAGAAACAGAAGGGGAAGAAGAAGAAGAAGCAACAGGAGGAAGAGGAGCGGACAGCUGAGGAGGAUGAGGAGCUGGAGAAACAAAAGGCGGAGAUGGCUCUGCUCAUGGAAGACGACGCCGACGAGGCCAAACACAAACACUUUAACUACGACAAGAUCGUAGAGCAGCAGAACCUGAGCAAGAAGAAGAGGAAGAAGCUGCUGAAGAAGGGCGAGGAGCCGCUGGAGGGCGACGACUUCCAGGUGGACGUUAAAGACCCUCGCUUCCAGGCCAUGUUCACCUCCCACCUGUUCAACCUGGACCCGUCACACCCCAACUACAAGAAGACUAAAGCCACGCAGAGCAUCCUGGCUGAGAAGCAGCGCAGACGAGCUGAGGAGCAGCGCCGCAUGGAGGACAUGCUCAGUGCUCAGAGGGACACGCCCACACAGAAGGAGCCCGCCGCAGUGGCUGGAAAGAAGCGGGAAAAUGACUCUGACGCUGCAACAGUUGAGGACGCUUCAAAGAAAUCGAUGGACCCCGGUUUGUCUCUGCUCAUCAAGUCCAUUAAAAGCAAAACGGAGCAGUUUCAGGCUCGGAAGAAACAGAAGUUCAUGUAAGUUUGACUUUCUGCAAAUGUUUUUACAAGAAAACAGACUGAGACUCUGGAUCCUCCUAAAA